AUGCGCCCAGUCAACGGUCAUGCAGUUUGCGCGUUUGUGGACCCUUACGAGCGCGUCAACUUCUGGAGCCACAGCGUGCCUGCGGUGGGCCUGGCCAUCCUCUGCGCACUAGGCUUCCUUCAUGGCUCCCCCUCGGUCACCGUGUACGCUGCCUGCGCAGCCACCACGCACGGCAUGUCUGCCCUGACCCACGUCUUCCCAGAGAGCCGAACCCUGGAGAAGGCGGAUCACAUCGGGAUCGUUGCCACCAUUGUGGGGACCCCUGUGUCCGCCAUGCUGGCGCACAGCGCGCAUGGCAUCAGCGAAAUGCCGCUGGGCGUCUGGUUCAUCUUGGCGGGGCUCUUUGCCUGUGCGUGGGCGCGCCCCUUCCCUCGCACCAGCGGAUUCAUCGGCCUGGGCACCGGCCUAGUGUACUACUGCUGGGAUGUGAUCAACUUGAACCUAACCACUCAGAUCCUGCUCUACAUCUGCGGCGCGGUGCUCUUCCUGAGAAACUCAGGGCACUCCAGGUGGCCCGGCUUGUCGGAUCACCACGGCUUGCACUACUGCGUCACCAUCGCCGCAUCCAUGCACCUGGUCUACCUCUACAACGCCCUGCACCCCCAGCCCUGA